CAGAAAAAGGAGAUUGCAGAGAAAGGACUGACCUUUUUCCUUUCAAAGUUUUCGCGGUUUUGCCCCCAAAUUCUUUGGUUUCUCUCUGGAUUUUCUUCAAUCCAAUCAUCAUUUUCAUCUCUGUGGGUUGAUUGGUAUCGUGCGCUCCACCUCACGGUGAUUUUUUGGAGUGGCGGGGAUCGGAGGAUCCGAGGGAGUGCAUGUGCUGAUCGGUGGGAUCUGUGGAGCGUUUUUGUGGAGUUUUGGCCACUGUGGUUUGAGAUGUGAUUCCUUGCUUUUCGGCAACCUGCGAGGAGGAAGCUCAUGGCGCCAACAAAGAAGUCGAGAACUGUGACUAAGCGAUUCUCUUACGUUAGUGACAUCUCCCCCAAGAAGGACGGUGAAAAGGCUAACAAGAGUGGGCUGCGGAAGAGGAAAUUAUCUGACAUGCUAGGGUCUCAAUGGAGCAAAGAAGAGCUUGAGCGUUUCUAUGAAGCAUAUCGCAAGCAUGGGAAAGAUUGGAAAAAGGUGGCUUCAGUAGUUCGUAAUCGAUCUGUGGAAAUGGUUGAGGCACUUUACACAAUGAAUAGGGCUUACUUAUCUCUUCCUGAGGGGACUGCUUCUGUGGUUGGACUAAUAGCAAUGAUGACUGACCACUACACGGUUCUGGAGGGAAGUGAUAGUGGACAAGAAAGCAAUGAUGGAACCGGAACAUCACGAAAACCUCCAAAACGUGGUCGGGGAAAAAUUCGGCCUAACUCAUCUAAAGAAUUGGAUGGGCAUUUUCCUGAUCUGUCGCAGUCACCUUUAGCUGCACCAACUUAUGGUUGCCUUUCAUUGUUGAAAAAGAAGCGCUCUGGUGGAAGUAGACCACGAGCUGUUGGAAAAAGGACACCCCGAUUUCCUGUUUCAUAUUCAUAUGAUAAAGAUAAUGGCCAGAAGUACUUUUCUCCAACUAGGCAAGGUCUGAAAUUAAAGGUAGAUUCUGUUGACGAUGAUGUUGCUCAUGAGGUAGCAUUAACAUUGGCAAAAGCAUCACAGAGGGGUGGUUCUCCUCAAGUUUCUCAAACGCCAAACAGAAGAAUGGAUAACAUUAGAUCAUCACCUGUUCAGAAUGGUGAAAGGAUGCAUGCUGAUUCAGAAAUGACCAGUGCCAAGAUUAUUGGUAGUGAAAUGGAUGAGGCUGGUUUUGAAGGAAGUUUAGGAAGCAUGGAAGCUGAUAAUGGAGAUUAUGCUAGAGAUAAAAAUUAUUUGACAAAUGCAGAAGGUGUUGGUACAGUAGAAGUUCAACAGAAGGGGAAGAGAUUUUAUGGGAAGAAGGCAGAAGUUGAAGAUAGUGGUAACAAUCAUUUGGAUGACAUAAAAGAAGCUUGUAGUGGGACGGAGGAGGGACAAAAGCUGAGUGCUGUCAGAGGAAGACUUGAAACAGAGGUUGUGGAUGCAAAAAUUGUACGGUCCUCUUCUCAGGGUACAAGGAAGAGAAGCAAAAAGGUUCUUUUUGGAGGAGAUGAAGGCACUGCCUUUGAUGCCCUGCAAACUUUGGCAGAUUUAUCCUUGAUGAUGCCUGCAACAAAUAUUGACACUGAAUCUGUUCCAGUCAAGGGAGAAAAUAUUGAUAUCGUUGAUGAGUCUAAGACGCUGGAUGUUAUGCCUGUGAACCAUAGAAGAGAAAAACCUAGAACCUUGGGAGCUAAAGUGAAAGGGAAUAAUUCAGUUCCUGGAGUCAACAUCCCACCUCUUAAAGCAUCGAAACUCGAAAAAUUCUCAGCACUUGAUAUUAGUUCUUUCCCUGAAAUAAAGGAGGGGCCUCAACCAUCUAUCACGGGAAGCCGGAAAAGAAAACAGAAGUCCUUUGGCUUUAAGGGUAUGGAAAGUGAAACUCAUUCCGAUUCUAAUUUGAGUGUUUCCCAAAAAACUGAGGCUACAGAUGAAGGGAAGAAACCUGUGAGUAAAGGUAAACGCUCUUCUCAUAGUGCUUCACACCCAAAACAAGGGAAGUUGGUAAAACCUCCAGAACGCUGUUCUUCAAGUACUGAAACCAGAAGAGAGGAGAACUAUUUGGUUGUACCUGCACAGGUUUCUUCUGCCAACCAGGUUCAUUUACCUACUAAAGUGAGAAGCAGGCGUAAGAUGGAUACUCAGAAGCCAUCUUUCCAGAAAGAUUUGAGGUUUGCUGAGAAUUAUGUAAAUGACCAACCUAUAAUACCCAUUCCUUCAGUCCAGGACAGGGCACGCACUCUUAAGGAAAAGCUUUCUAAUUGCCUAUCUUGCUAUCGGGUACGGAGAUGGUGUGCUUUUGAGUGGUUCUACAGUGCAAUUGAUUACCCAUGGUUUGCUAAAAAGGAAUUUGUGGAGUAUUUGGAUCAUGUAGGGUUGGGCCAUGUUCCAAGAUUGACUCGUGUUGAAUGGGGUGUCAUAAGAAGUUCUCUUGGAAAACCGCGGAGAUUUUCUGAGCAAUUCUUAAAGGAAGAAAAGGAGAAGCUUAACCAAUAUCGGGAUUCUGUUAGAACACAUUAUACUGAACUUCGCGCUGGUACCAGGGAGGGACUUCCAACUGAUCUAGCACCACCUUUAUCAGUUGGACAACGUGUUGUUGCUCUUCAUCCCAGGACAAGAGAGAUUCAUGAUGGAAAAGUUUUAACAGUUGAUCGUACUUGGUGCCGGGUUCAAUUUGAGCGGCCUGAACUAGGGGUCGAAUUAGUUAUGGAUAUUGAUUGUAUGCCCCUAAAUCCAUUGGAAAACAUGCCUGCAUCUCUUACAAAACACAGUCUAGCUGUCAAUAAAUUCUUUGAGAAUGUCAGUGAGCUCAAAAUGAACGGAGGACCAAAAGACAGGAAAAUAACAGAGUAUGGGAAAUUUUCUACGAGUGAGAACAUGGAGAAUAUCGAUGGCCCUUCUCGUCUUUCCCCAUCAACCUAUCCCAUUAACAAUUUAUUAAAGCAGACAAAGGUGGGUUCAACAAAUGCUAAUUUCCACGCUAAAGUUGGAUCUGGUGAAGCUGCUAAUUCUCAACAAGUGGCAAAUUCUCAAUCUAUUAUACUGGCACAGAACCAAGGAAAGGAAGCUGAUGUCCAAGCUCUUUCUGAGCUGACUCGUGCUCUUGACAAAAAGGAAGCAGUGUUGUGUGAAUUGAGGCGCAUGAAUGAUGAGGUGUCGGAAAACUAUAAAGAUGGGGACAGCUCUCUUAAAGAGUCAGAUCUUUUCAAGAAGCAAUAUGCUGCUCUACUGGUGCAGUUAAAUGAAGUUGAUGAACAGGUUUCUUCUGCUUUGAUUCACUUGAGGCAACGCAAUACUUAUCGAGGAAACUCCCCAGUUACAUGGCCAAAGCCCAUGGCCAGUUUAGCUGAUCCUGGUGGCCUUGUGAGCUCAUUUGAUUGUUCUUCAUGCUACACACAAGAAUCGGGAACCCAUGUAGUUGAAAUUGUUGAAAGCUCAAGAAAGAAAGCCCGAACCAUGGUAGAUGCAGCUAUGCAGGCAAUGUCAUCAUUAAAGGAAGAGGGAAAUAAUGUUGAGAGGAUUGAGGAUGCUAUAGAUUUUGUGAACAAUCGACUUUUAGUAGAUGAUUCUGGCAUGUCAACUAUGAGAUCUUCUGCUGCCCCAGAUCCACUUCAUGGCAGUUUGGCUUCUCAGGAUCAGUUUACUUCUUGUACAUCAAACCCAUUGUCAGGUAGUCAGGCACCUGAUCUUAAGUUGAACAUUUCAUCUGAUGACAAUGAAGCACAGAUCCCUGCAGAACUGAUCACACACUGUGUUGCUACUUUGCUCAUGAUUCAGAAAUGUACAGAACGACAGUUUCCACCAGCCAAUGUGGCCCAGAUAUUGGAUUCUGCUGUUACAAGUUUGCAGCCUUGCUGUUCGCAGAACCUUCCAAUUUAUGCAGAGAUACAAAAGUGCAUGGGAAUCAUUAGGAAUCAGAUAUUGGCACUCAUACCUACAUAGUUACCUCCAACAGGAAUCGGUACAUGUAUCAGUACAUACUGGAUGUAAUUCUGUACAUUACUAUUUCAGAAUAUGAAGUUAACUUCUCUUUUUCGAAGAGGCAGUACAAAAGCCAACGUGUACUUUGCCGCAGAGGUCCACUCAGGUAGAAGCAUGAGGUGAUCAACUUCCCUUUGGUUGAUGCACUUGGCUUUACUAUAGAGCUAGAUAGAAUUGUUGAUGAAUGAAAAGCCAUGGAAAUUGAAUUCUACAUAUAAGAACAGAAGUGAUCACAUCUUCACUGUUUAAGUCAAUGAUAAGAAUGGGCUCAUGUCUAGGGCUCAAGUUUCAUGAUAUA